AGUACAGUCUGUGGUUUGCAGAUUAAUGCCUGGUACACGUACUAGUGCUCUCCAUACUACCUGAAUCCACUGGAACGUCGCCGCUGCGACGACUCCGCGCUGUGGUGCUCCCAAGGAUCUUAUGGUGCUAUGGUCCACGGGAUGCAGGUUAAAAACCUACUAAGCUGGUAGCAGUAAGCACGCAGCUCAUCAUGUCCGGCACACGGCCUCCCUCAGGGUCUGGUAUUACGAGCCGCAUUUCAAUAGUAAGGCAUAGCAUUCAGGCGGAUCUUAGCCGUCGCGGCGGCAUUCUGCUUCCACUCGUCGCUGCUGCGGCGCUUACUGCUACCGUCUUCGCUUAUUUUGCGUUUUUCGAAGUCCAGCCUAGUAGCGCCCGCGGCCUGCUUUUUCGAGAUUAUUUCCGGGAUUCCGGUCGAGGAAGGUCCGUUGGACCGUCCUCUUUCCCUCCAAACGUGUGCGAAACGGGGCGGAACUGUAGCGGCACGUUGCUGGAUGAAUAUGUUUAUACCGCGGAUGCGGAAUUUAGCUGGGAGGACACGGGUAACCGCAUGCGAGCCAAGGAGCGGGGGGGGUGGUGGACGGGGUAUGUGCUGCUGGUGACAACCCUGCGGUGGCUCAACGAAUCCGUUACAGACAGAUCCGUUUGGUGGCACCACCUGACGCUUAUUGCGCCAGACGACAUGCGGAACGCCAGCAAGGGUCUAGUGCUGUUCUUCGUGGGGGCGGGGUGGAACACCCCGCGCAGAUGGGAGAGGGCCGUCCGCGUUCCCAAAAGUAGCGACGUCUUCAUCCGCGUUGCUGCCCCCAUGGUGGUGGAUCUGGGCAUACUCGGCGUGAUGCUCCACGAAAUACCCAUGAUGCCCAUCAGCUUCUACUCCAGCCCUCCUGGUGUCAGCAGCCAACGCUUGAUAGAGGAGGAGCUCCCUGCAUGUGAGCGCACGGGAGCACGUGAGGGCAUGCGUGCACGAGAGGGCAUCAGAGCAUGGGGGCAUGAGUGCAUGUGAGGGCAUGAGAGCAUGUGAGGGCAUGAGAGCAUGUGAGGGCAUGAGAGCAUGUGAGGGCAUGAGAGCAUGUGAGGGCAUGAGAGCAUGUGAGGGCAUGAGAGCAUGUGAGGGCAUGAGAGCAUGUGAGGGCAUGAUUUCAUGAGAGGGAAACUUCUCGAACAAAUUCACCAGGGAGCAGUAGUGUCAGGUCAGGGCAUGAUAGAGGAGCAGCUCCCUGCAUGCAUGCAUGUGGGAGCAUGAGAGCACGUGGGAGCAUGAGAGCCUGUGGGAGCAUGAGUUCCUGUGGGAGCACGAGAGAAUGUGAGGUCUUGAGUGCACACCCUUAGCGCUUGUCUCUAGCCGGCUCAGUCUUCCAACAGUCACGCUCCCCUUCCAUGUCGCAACAGUCACGCUCCCCUUCCAUGUCCCAUCAGUCACGCUCCCCUUCCAUGUCCCAUCAGUCACGCUCCCCUUCCAUGUCCCAUCAGUCACCCUGGCCAUGGCCUUUCACGACCCCACCACCCCCGAGUGGCCCAUCUUCCUGCCCAUGGCCAAGUCGGUCAUCCGAGGCAUGGAUGCCGUGCAGCUGGCUGCCAGGGAGCUGCUGCCUCACGUGCCGUUAAGCGCAAUCCGCUGGAGGGGGGAGUAGGAAAUGCGCUUCAAAACCGCAUGGUCAGGCAGGUGGAAGGGUUUUUGGCUGUAGGCGUGAGCAAGCGAGCUCUCGCAGCAUGGCUCUCUGCAGCGCUUGAUAAGCGAGUGGUGGCCUUCAUAUCCUACGGCUUCGAUCUCAUCAACUUCGGGCCUAACAUUCAGCAUCUGAUCGACUCCACUGGCGCCAUGCCCGUUCUGGCCCGCUUCUACGCGGACUACAACGUGACCAGCGUGCUGGACUCGCCACAGAUGAGAAGAAUCCUGAGCUACACAGACCCUUAUAAUUUCCGGGACCGCCUGACCAUGCCCAAGCUGCUUAUUUCUGCCUCAAAUGACGAGGUCUGCUACAUGGACGACACCUACUAUUACCUCAAGGACCUUCCACCACCCACAUUUCUCAAGAUCGUUGCCAACCUCGAGCAUGAUGCCAUUCAAAUGUCCCAAUGGGCCUACGAUGCGUCCAUCUCCUUCCUCUCCUCUCUCCUCCACGCCAACUCCUCCUGUGCCUCUCUCCCCGCCUCCUCCCGCCCCUCCCUCACCUGGGCCCGCCCCACCACCCCCACCACCCCAUCCCCCCUCAACCCCCAGAAUUCUCCUGAUUUACCUGCCCCUCAGCAUUCACCUGCCCCUCAACAUUCACCUGCCCCUCAACGUUCACCUGCCCCUCAACAUUCACCUGCCCCUCAACAUUCGCCUGCUACCAGCUCACCAACGUUCCCUUCGUCUAGUCUCCCAGAGGCAGAGGCAGCUGCGGGGGGAGCAGAAAUUGCGGGAGCAGUGGGAGCAGCAGAGGGAGCAGCUGUAGCAGCCAUGCAGACCCCCCCUUGGGGCUGCGUGCCGGAGCUGCCCGCUGUCGACUGGCCUCAGCUGAGGUGGCGGUUUGAUUGGUCCACGUUCACCAUCCAUGCCACGUCAGACAGGAAGCCAUUGGCUGUUAGAGCGGCGCACCAUUCUGGGCAGUAGAAGAAGGGACUUCCGGUUUUUAGUGAAGCAGGGGGUCAAAGGAUGCAUUAUCCCUUUCAAGAGUCUGCUGCCCAACUACAUUGCGAAGUUUGGCAUGCUCUGUUUCCAGCCCAUCCCCUUCCUCCUGCAUACAGUCACACCGCCUACAGUGCAAGCUGAUGGCCUCUGGCACUUCAGCUCCACAAUCCAAGACAUUCCCAAGGUGGGCUAUCGGGCACUGUUCGUUGAGGCUGAUUUUCAGCACGGAGACUUCCACAAGCCUUUUGUUUUUACCACCGAAGCCAUAAUAGCACCAAACACUCUCCCUUUUGCCCCCUGUAACAGCACAGCUUGCCUCACACAAUACGCAUAAAUCUACCAUGAAGUUGUUUUCAGCCUGGUUAGUCACGAUCAGAAUAACUAUUGGAAUAGCAAAAAAAAGAUGACUAGGAAGAGGGGGAGGGGAGAUACAAAUGCAAAGUGUUGUCCCCUCUAAGAGCUGUCCUAGUUAGGUUAGAUAUACAAAUAUGUUUGUUGACACACCCCCUAGCCUAUGUAGAGGUGUCGAGAGCAGGGCUGACGUUUCAAAAAAAACCACCCUGAGCUGUCGAAUGGGGAAAAUUUUUUACCCUGAGGGCCUAGUGUUGGUAUUUUGACUUCCCUGAUUUCUCAG